UUCGCGACUGCCUUUGGCGCGAGAAACUAGUUAUCUCGUUAAUUCAUGAAUAUUUUACUACUUAUUUCGGUCAUAACUAAACAAUGAAACUACAGUGCCAAGUAGAAGUUGUGAAUAGACUCCACAAUGCUCUAAAUGUAAGAAAAAGUGGGAAGUAUUUGAAAUCAACUUUAGCCAUCGGCAAGGAACCGAAGUCAGAAACGGAGUAUUUUAUAUUAUAUUUCUCAUCAGUAAAUAAAACUGGAACGAAGUACAGGGUGAAAAGUAUAAAACAAGUGUUCGUGAAAUGUUUAAAUGAAGGUAAAGCUACGAUAAGAUUUGAAGAGCCUCCACACGAUUUGUGCAUUAAAAGCGAGACUAUACAGCUGAAGUGUUUUAUGAGAAUACUCAAGUCGUGUAUAACAGGAGAUGCGAAGGACUUACAACUUGGUACAUUGUCGAGUAUAAGCGUGACUUCUAAGGACAAUGCACCCACAAAACUUGUUAUUCAUGCCCGCAGUGAAUUUCCUGUGAAAGGUCUACCGAGAACAUUAGAAUCUCUGCAUAUAAAUGGGCUUGGAUUAUGUAAUUUUAGAAGAGACAUAUUGUUGUUAAAGCUUCUAACAGUACUUGAUUUAAGUAAUAAUGAAAUUGACAAGAUACCUCCAGAAUUUGGUAGAAUGCCAAAUUUGUCUGAGCUGUACUUGUCCAAUAAUAAACUAGGUGCCCAGAAGGAUAUAAAUUGGAAAUGGCUAUUUGGACCUCAGAUAACCAAAUCUCUGAAACUGUUGGACCUUAGCAGCAACCAGUUGACACAGUUACCAAAGCCAAUCUGGAAACUGCAAAAGCUAGUAACUCUCAAACUGGACAAUAAUCAGCUGGAAAAACUACCUGGACCUCUCGGACGAAUUGGCACAUUAAGGUACUUAACCAUAUCAAGAAACACACUUGCCUCGCUUCCCUGCAGUCUAAUGCAAUGCAAUUUAGAAUACCUAGACAUCUCUUCUAACAAUUUCAAUCAUAGCCUAGAAAAUCCAGAAUUAAAACAACACUCACCAUGGGACUUCUACGUCGGCAGUUUAGUACAUUUAUCAUCAAAAGUGGUUCUUAAACAUAAAAUGUUCUACGCACCUAAUAUAAUACCAUGGACACUGGUAGAGUUUCUGGACAAUGCGAAUAUGUGUGUGUGUGGUAUGCCUGUAGUGAAUGACAUGUAUUUUAGGAAUAAAGAGUAUGAGCUUAAAGACUUUUUUAGAGUUGUUGUGUUUGACAAUAACAGAAGUAGUACCGUUGCUUUUGAGUGUUAUUAUUGCUCUCCCAGGUGUUUUAGCAGAUGAUUGACUGAUUAAAUUUAAGAUAAUAUACCAGAUUUUAUGUAACUGACGAAAAACUUCUAAGGAUUUAAAAUGGGGGAAGCAAUGAGGCAAGUUUCUAAUAGGUUGGCAACGCGCCUGUGACACUCCUUGAGUUUCAGGCGUCCAUAGGUUACGGUGACCGCUUUCCAUCAGGCGGACCGAAUGCUUGAUUGCCACCCACGUAGUAUAAAAAAAAAAGGGAUUUGGCAUACUUUAGUCAAAAUAAUGUGUUCUGGUACUACCAAUAGGCUGACCUGAUUGUGUUGUAAAAUGAAAUUGAAUGGAUAUAUGUGAGUGUGCACGGGAAAACGUCCCACUUUGUCGAUUGCUAUAAAGCCGCUUUGUCAGCUUAUUCAUAUAAAGAUACAAGUAAAUGUCGCCUUAAUGGUCACCGACAAAGUGGGACGUUUUACUAAACACACUCACAUAUGAUAUUAAAGAUCUAAAAAAACUCUGUCGUAACAUAAUACUCUGGUUAGUAAAUAAGAAAAGCGUUCUAAAUGAUAAAAGCUUGUAUUCAAUCUUUUUAUAAACAUUUUUAACUUAUUAAAUACAUUUUGAAUGAAUAUA